AUAAACCCAUUUCUUUCUUUUGUCACUGUUUCUGUACUUCCUCUCCCCCAUCUCCUAUCAUCACGACAACAGCAAUUUCUUGAUUUUCCAUUUCAACGGUCUUGAUUUCUUCAUCUUCUUCUUUCCUUUUUUUUUUUUUCUUUAUCAGCUUAUCAAAAAACCAAAACAAUCACUUUAUCAAUUUAAUUGAACCAUCAAAUGGGUACUAUGUAUUUCUCUCUAUUUUCACCUCUUCUCCUUCUUCUUGGUUUUCUGGUUUCAGUUGAAUCAAUAACCCAUUGGCAAGAUUUACAAGUUCUGAAAGAUUUCAAGAACUCUCUUGAAUCCGUCUCACUCACUCCUGGCUCGUGUUUAAGCUCAUGGGAUUUCUCUGUCGACCCAUGCGACAAUUUAUUCAGUGAACGAUUCACAUGCGGGUUCAGGUGCGACCUUGUAGUUUCUGGAGCCAGUCGAGUCACUGAACUCAGUCUUGAUUCGGCUGGUUACUCAGGUUCACUAUCUUCCAUUUCUUGGAAUCUUCCUUUCUUGCAAAUCCUUGAUCUUUCAGGUAAUAAUUUUUAUGGUAAAAUCCCUGAGUCAUUUUCAAACUUGACUCGGCUGACUCGACUCGGUCUUUCUAGAAACUGGUUUUCUGGUCAAACGCCUACAUCAAUUGGAUCACUUACUAAUUUGGAAGAAUUAUACCUUGAUAACAACAUUCUUGAAGGUACAAUUCCUGCAAGUUUUAAUAGUUUAAUUAGUCUAAAACGACUUGAAGUUCAGUCCAACAAACUAAACUGCAUGCCGUUCCCCGAGUUGAGUUCUCUAAAAAAUCUCUCUUUUCUUGAUGUUAGUGACAAUUUUUUCUCUGGUAAAAUCCCAUCUUCUUUUCCAUCUUCUUUAGUUGAAAUCUCCAUGAGAAACAAUUCUUUAGAAGGAAACAUCCCUGAAAGUUUCAAGAAUUUAGGUUAUUUACAAGUUCUUGAUAUGAGUCACAACAAACUCAGUGACUCAGUUCCGUCUUUUCUUUUUAACCAUCCAUCGCUUCAACAGCUCACUCUCUCUUACAAUAACUUCACCUCCGUACAAUCUCCAUCGUCGUCAACUAUUCAAAGUGAACUGAUAGCCGUUGAUUUAAGCAAUAACCAGCUUCAAGGGUUUUUACCAUCUUUUCUUGCUUUAAUGCCUAAACUGUCUGCAUUAUCGUUAGAGAACAAUAAGCUUACAGGAAUGAUACCAACCCAGUUCGCCAUUAAAACCGCCGUGCCCGGUGGAGCUGGCUUUUCGCCGUUUGAGAGGCUGCUUUUAGGAGGGAAUUACUUGUUUGGGCCAAUUCCAGUAGCAUUAAUGGAAUUAAAACCAGGGUCGGCUGAUGUUAGAUUGAAUGGUAACUGCUUGCUCUGGUGUCCGGUUACGUUCUUUUUUUGUCAAGGUGGUGAUCAGAAAUCGCGAAUGGAUUGUAAAAGCUUUAUCCCUUUUAUUCCUUAAUUUAAUAAUAAAUGUAAUUAAUUAGCGUAAUUUGUUUUGCUAAUAAUCAUAUUAUUCGUGUGUGCUUUGUUUUGUUUUGUGUUUUUAUUUUUAAUUGGCAAUGAUUAGAAGCAUGUGUUAAAAAUUAUUUUAUGUAUAUCUUAUCUUUAAUAUAUAGUGAAGCUUCUGUUGGGAGAUCUCUCUACUUCUCCU